AUGCAAGACUUCCAUCGCCACAAGGUGAGCCUUGGGCUGGCGGAGAGGCGGCGUUUUCGCGACUUCGACGAAGCGGAAUUUGAGGUGUACGACAAGGAACUAUGUCUGGAAGAGGGGCUAUGUCCCUCGGUGAUAACAAGCGACGUGGGCGAAGAACCCUCCGGUCCGAAGCCUAUCAGUGUUAGAAUCGAGCAUUUUUUGGACAAGCCGGCCACCCACAUUGUUAUCAUGUGCUUGGUCAUGAUUGAUAUGAUCAUUGUAGCCUCAGAAUUGGCAAUAACUAUCGCUGAUCCGCACCACGAACAGGUUCCCAAGUGGGUAGGUCACUCACUCGAGAUGACCGGGGACUACAUCCUUAUUGUCUUCUUCGUGGAAACCAUUUUGCACAUCAUCAGCGCCGGCGUCACGGAAUACUUCAGAAGUUUGACACACGCUUUCGACUUCGCCAUUGUCAUGGUCUCUUUCUUCAUGAACUUUUAUGCCUCACAGUGGGCCCAAUUUCUACUUCUAACUCGUCUCUGGCGCGUCGUCAGGGUGAUGGAAACAGUCGCAGUGGCUGCGAGCCUUAAAGCCAAACAGAAAUUCAAGCUGGAGAAAGAUGCUAUCCGUCAGGAGUCUCACUUGUGGAAAGAAAGAUACUUCCACGAACGCGAAAAAAAAUUGAUCGCCGUAAAAGUGGGAAAAGGAAUAAUCUGCCUCCAAUGUCACCAACCUCACAACAAGCCUAACAGCCAAGACACUCUUGAACACUCCAACGGGCUCUUAUAG